AUGGAGGACGUCGCUCGGAGGCUCACAUUUUCGAAAGAACGCGGGCGCUGUCGUCAGGUAGAUGGCACGUCCAGAACGCCGGGCUUGUUCGACAGCCGGGCAGGUGAAGCGAGCAGCCCGAAAGAGGCGGAGGGGUCGCGUUCCGACGAACAGGUCGUUGUGCCGGGGAGCUUUGCGCUGAGACAAAGUCGGUCUGUCGCAACACCAGCUGCUGCUGCUGCUGCUGCUGCUUCGAAACAAGCAUAUGGGACUCCGUGGCUUGCGCGAGGAGGCGGAGCCCGGACCCGCGCCGCCUCGUCUACCAGUCGAGACGUGCUGUGCUUAUCGACCGAAGGAAACACCAAAGCUGCUGCGGACAUGUCUCGAGUGUCAGCUACGGAUCCGGAAGCAUGGACCCCGCCAUUGGAGCGCAUGCUCGAAGGCAUCCAAAGCGGUCUUCAUAUGAGCCUCGUCGAUGAGACGCCGUCGUAUUUUGAAUGGAAGCAGCCUUGUGAUCCGUCUGAAGCAGGCAUCGGAUUCCAGAAUGGCCGCAACGGAAGCCGAGCGAAUUCGUCUUCCAGGUCCGAGUCGAGUUUCGUAAACCGAGCGCAGUCCGAUGACCUAUCGCCGGUGACGAGUCGGAUACGGCAGCCGCAGGUUCGGCUUCCGCGCGGUUCGGUGCCUAAGAUACGCAAUGGAACAUCGUCCGGUGCUUUGAUACAGUCACAGUCGUUGGGAGACGACCAACAUCGGAGACGAGGAACAAGAUUCUCGAACAUCGCCCUAGAUACGAAAAUCGCCACUCGAUGCGCCAGCCCGUCUCGUGUCGACACCGCAUACCCUAAAUCACAAGCAGCCCGUCGCAGUACGGAGGCUAGCGAGGAGUUGCAGCGCUUGCGAGCGGAAAUCACUCGAUUACGUUCUGAAUCGGACGCUUGGCGACGCGCUUGCGUCGCCAAUGCUCAGGCGAACACGCGCCUACGCCAGCGCCUGCGACACUUUCGAGAGCAGCUUGAUGCCGUACUGCGUGAGCUGCGCAGUCACGAGCAGGCACCACCGCAGCAUGCCAUCUCCUCGUGUGAUGAUGAAUGA